GAAAAUCCUGACAGUCCGAUGAUUUGCUUUUAAAAGAUAACAGACACAGACAUGUGCCGAUUCCCAGGUGCACACGUGUAAAUGUGUAAGCAUUAUUGUAUGGCAUAGAACUGUUUAGUGAUUUUGUCAUACAUGAUAAAACGAAAUGGUUGCAAGGAAAAGAAACAUCAGUAUAAAGCGUGAGACUGGUUACCAGGAAUCCACAGAGAAACAAAAACCAGUCUUGGCAUCAUCUCAACCAAUCAUUGAUGGCGGGAUCCUCAUGGUCCUCAGUGUGCUGAUAGGGAUAGGCGUCAUCGCGGGGGUUGGCUACACACACGCCAAGUACAUGGCCACCCUGCACGAGAACUGGAUGUGGUUUUCUAAUAUAAAGGAAGUGGAGAGGGAGAUCUCAUUCCGGACAGAGUCUGGGCUGUACUACUCCUACUACAAGCAGAUGGUGAACGCCCCUUCCAUUACUCAAGGUCUGUAUGAGCUGACCCAUGACAAUCUAACUGAACACCCCAGCACUAUCAACGUCCUUGAACGUAUGAACAUCUACCAAGAGGUCAUCCUGUCCAUCCUGUACCGGAUACUGCCUAUCAAGCGUGUGUUAGAGCCAAUAUUCUUCUACAUCAACUCAGUAUUCGCCCUGCACGGGAUGCUCGUGUGUGCGCUGUGCAUCACUUCCUGGUUGCUGAGUGGCUCCUGGCUGGCUGGCGCCCUCGCUGGAUCCUUGUAUAUCUUCAACAGACUGGAUACCACGCGGGUGGAGUAUGUGAUCCCACUGAGGGAGAGUUUCUCCCUUCCGUUCCUGUGGGUACAGGUGGCAGCCAUAUCCUUCUACUUCAAACCGAACCUUAGCAAGACCAAGGAGAAAUUUGGCAUUGGAAUGAUCCUGCCUGCAACUUUCGCAUUCUGCCUGUGCUGGCAGUUCAACCAGUUUAUCAUGCUGCUUCAAGCCCUGUCCUUGUUUGGAGUCUGGAUUCUGGACAUGGUCCCCGCUUAUAAAGUAAGGGUGGUUCUAGGUUGUGAGGUGGUAUCCCUCCUGGCCGUGUGUGUACUCCAGAACGUGAACACUAUGAUCCUGGGCUCCUUGGUCAUGAGCUUCAUACCAGCUACCUUCCUGCUCAUGUACAUCAGGGGUGACACUCUCACACCAUGCAGCAUUCCAAGCCGCAUAUUCAAGGUGGCUUUCUACAGUAUUACAUCUCUCACCCUUAUGAUCAUCCUCAACAUUGCUGCCAAGACUGUCUUAAGGCUUGAGGCAGAUGAGCAUAUAUUUAAAUUCUUGCUCAACAAAUUUGGAGUUGGAAAUCCAAGGGACUUUGACUCGAGACUGUACCUGUGUAUUGAGGCGUUUGGAUUCCUGCAGCUGGACACGUUUGAACGGAUGUCUCGGCUCCUCGUGUUCCCCAUAUACCUGCUCACCCAUCUCUCACUGCUGGCUGUACUCUUCAUUGCAGUCAUGCAGAACUGGAGCAACCACAGUCAUGAUGUAGGAGUCAAGGAUCACCCUGUACCUAAACACAGCCACCUGCUGUCUGCCAGACCAGAUCUCGCUUUCCAUGCCAUCCAGGCAGUGUUUUUCGGUGCUCUCGGCAUGUCGACCCUGCGCAUGAAGUACCUGUGGACUCCGUACAUGUGCGUGCUGGCAGCGUUUGCCGUGGGUGACUUCAAGACGUGGAAGUGCAUGCUGGGAAGACUGAGGAUCAACCAGGAAGUCGUGGUACAGAUUGCCCGACAUCUGACCACCAUUACAGUACUUGCACUCUUACUGGCAAUUGCCCUGCCCCCUGCCCUCAAGGAACUGGAAGAUCUGAAGGAGUUUUGGGACCCAGACACAGUAGAGCUCAUGGAGUGGAUCAAGUCCAACACUGCGCCGGCCGCAUCUCUCACCGGGAGCAUGCAGCUCAUGGCAGGCAUCAAACUCAGCACCGGGAGACCUAUCACCAACCACCCCCACUACGAGGAUAAACACCUGCGCAUCAAGACAAAGGAGCUGUACCAGUACUAUGCUAAGCGUGAACCCCAGGAGGUCCAUGAGCUGAUGAGGAAAUACAAGACAGACUACAUUAUCCUAGAGGACAGCAUCUGUCUGGCACCGUCACGUGGCGGUUGCCGUCUACCGGACCUGCUAGAUAUUGACAAUGGAGUGAUCCCUGACAGCGGUCAGUCGGAGCCCGGCCUGGUCAAGAGCUCCACACCACGGUUCUGUGACGAGGUCCGCAAACAGACGCCCGAAUACGCUAAAUAUUUCAAACAUGUGUUCACGAAUAAGACGUUUAGGAUCUACAAAGUAUUAUAAAAUUAUUAUUUUGAAUAUUAUUUCACCAGUCAAUACAUUUUUCUAAAUGAACCACAGUUAUAUUUCUUAACUGUUUUUACAACUAAGACAUGCAUUUUAAUGCAUUUGUAGUCCCGUAAAAAAUCAGGUGUUGUUUUGUUGAAGUACUUUAUCCACAUUAUUACCUACAAAAGGACCAUGAUAUAUGUAUUGCUUUUGUACUGUGAAUUCCUUGCCUACCAAAUGUUUGGUUUUGUUUGUUACAAUUAACUGGUAAUUAUAGAUCUAUAAUCUGACAUGUAGUCACGUCUGUCACACACAAGAAACUCUUCAUGGUUAGUUUUCAAUUAAUUAGUUAUCUUGCUUUUGUAACAAUGCUGAAUGAAGUUUUUGUUUGCUGUUUGUUUGUAAUAUUAACUUAACAUAUAAAAUGAUGACUUAACAUAAACAUAAAUGUUCAUAAAAAAUUUCAUAAAGAUUGGAUGAAAACUGCGACCUCUUGAAAAUGGGUAAAUGGCAUUUUCAUAACUUAAGCAUUUAAAUAUUUAUUGUUUUUAUCAUACAGUAACCUGCUGUGUACUGUUCUAAUUUUAAAAGAAGUUAUACAUACAUCUACAACAAAAGAAAUCAACUCAAUGUUUUCAACAUUGAAAGGACAUGGUGGUCCGAUACUCAAACAUACUCAAACAUGACUUUGAAUAAGCAUAAUACACUAUACAGAACGAAUGACAUCGACAUUAUAAUGUAAAAAUAAUUGGUUGAUAAUACCUUGGGCCUGGACUUUUGAACUGUAAACAUAUUAUUUGAUAAUUGAAUUAUUUUCCAUAUAAGAUCAUACACAUGCUUUAAAAUAUUUAUUAUGUAAUCAAUAAAUACUUUGAAUGAUUUGUAAAGAUCUAAUUUAGCUGCAGGAACAUUUCCAUUUUCAUUUGUUCUUAGUUGAAUUCAAUUUCUUGAAUCUGGAUUGAGUCAAUAGCUGAAGACUUUGUGACACACAUUGAAACCUAUUUCUUGGACAGAACCAAUACAUACUGUUGUGUAUGUUAGAAUGAUCAUACAAUGCUCAACAAUUAGUUAUCAAACGCUGGACUUUUGUGUUGAUCCACUCCAUCGAAAUCAUUUGUUAAUGCAGUACAUUCAAAUCACUGUAAAUGUAGUAACUUGAAAUCAAUGUUAAUGCAGUACAUUCAAAUUGAUUCACAUUGAAACUAGUCAGUUAUUUAUGACACAAGUUACAAUAAUAUUGUAAUAUAUUACUACAUGUGUAUAUUGUAAUUUAUGAUUUUAUGUUUAAAAAAAAACUUGCAUUGUUGUUUUUCAUAUUGUUUAUUUAUUGUUUAUUAAAGAUGUGUUAUUGCUCCCUAUUUCUGAAUUGCAGAUGCCUGUAUAUUUUUAGCUCUGCUGUUUUUGGAGAAAACCCGAGGUAUUGUCAUAGCCAGCUCGUCGUCCGGCGUCUGCCGUGCUAAAACCUUAACAUUGGCUCUAAAAUUAAAGUGCUUCCACCUACAACUUUGAAACUUCAUAUGUAGAUGCACCUUGAUGAGUUCUACACCCCAUACCAAAUUUAGGGUCACUUGGUCAAAGGUCAAGGUGACUGUGACCUCUAAAAAAAAUUAAUAAUAAUUUCUGACAAGCUUUCAUUUAUUCAAAACUGCACCCGCAGCGGAGCGUUGGCACUCGUUAAGCGGUGCUCUUGUUUGAAAUAAUAGUUUUUCCUAACACAUGUAUUGUUGAUUGGAAAUGCAUGCAUUUAUUAUCAGAUAUUACUUUAUUUAUGGAUAUAAACCAUUUAAUGAAUUUCUUAGUGUUAAUUGGAUAACAUGUUUAAGCCUGAUACUUUUUUUGCUAUGCCCCAGGAAGGAUGACAUUUUACUCGCACUGAACUGAUUUUGGGUGUGUGAAUUUACCUGCAUGACUUUGAGGUCAAGUUUGAGUUUGUUGAUUUUGGGCAAAUUUAGAAGUAAAAAAAAAGAAAUUUGUUUAGAAAGAACUAAGAAAUUUUCCGGUACUUUUCCUGAACGUUUUCAGAUACUGACCUUAUUUGUGGUGUGUGAGUUUACCUACAUGGCUUACAGAUAAAGUUCAACUUUUGUUCCGGUCCAUUAAAUUUUUUACGAAAUGACAGACCUUUUUUCUUUUAAAUAACACUUUUCAAGGGGCAUUGUGUUUUUUAAACACAGCUGUUGUUGAUGUCUAUUAUGUGUUUAUGUUCAUGCGUUUUCUUAUAUUUUUUCAUUUUAUUUUAUUCAUGUUCAGGCUCUCUGAAGAUUAUAAAGCAAAAAAAGGCCUAGAAAAUGGCGUGACCAUGGAACAUUU